UGCUGCCUCUGGAACCUUUAUGCAGCCAUAGCCCUCAUCUGCAGUCUCUUUUCGCAUCUUCCCAUCCGUAACGUAGACUGUGCGGGCUUCUGAUACCUCGGAUUUUCGAAAGCUUGCAAGCUGUUACUGCUUCUCCUGGGGUAGCAAAAAGCUUUUGGUGUCACGUUUUCCUCUUUGCCUGAGGUCUAGGUUUAAACACCGAUAUGGCGUCCGUCACGAAAUUGACGUCGUCAGUCCUCUCGAGCGCGGUUCUCGAGACAUUGCCUAAGACCACAUGCAAUGCUCGCGCUGCGUUUCCAGCAGCGGGAUUUCCGCAGGGUCAGCUCCGCCUUCACCAGAAGCGUCUCAGAGCUUGCUUCCAGAAGAGCCUUGUUCUUCCUGCUUCCAGCAGGGCCUUCCCCCGCGUGAGGGCUGUGAGCGUGGAGGGAGAGACGGUAGUGGAGGAGGCGGUUGAGGCUGUUCCUGAGAGCACUGAGGUGCCUGCCGCGAGCACGGACGCUGCUGCUGAGCAAGCACCGGCUGCUGCUGCUGAGGAGAAGGAGGAGAGGAGGUCGCGGCCUGGGGCUACCAGGAGGAGAAAGGUCACAGUUAACGUCGAGGACCUGCAGACCGGCCAAGUGCUCACCGGGAAAGUUCGUUCGGUCAAGCCGUACGGGGCUUUCGUCGACAUCGGCGCCUUCACCGACGGCCUCGUCCACAUCUCCCAGCUCGCGACGGGUUUCGUCGACAAGGUGGAGGAUGUGGUAACCGUGGGGCAGGAGGUUACGGUUCGCGUGAUGGAGGCCAGCAAGGAGACCGGCCGCAUCGCGCUCACCAUGCGCGACCCGGAGGCGGAGCGCGUCGCCGCGGAGGAGACGGCGGCGGUGGAUGCGGAGCGCAAGGCGGCGCAGCAGCAGCGCAGGUCGGAGCCCCGCCAGUCCGCGGAGGGGCAGGAGGGGGAUGCGCGCGAGCGGAAGGUGGCUGGGCGGGGGCGCAGGCAGCAGCGGGAGGAUCAGAAGCCGACCCAUAACUUCAAGAAGGGGCAGAAGGUUAAGGGCGUGGUCAAGAACCUGACCUCGUACGGCUGCUUCGUGGAGCUCGAAGGGAAGGUGGAGGGGCUCCUCCACGCGUCUGAGAUCACCGCCGGUGGCGACAUGGUGCCAGUAGAGUCGCUGGUGUCGGUGGGUCAGGAGCUCGAGGUUACCAUCGCCAAGGUCGAGAAGAACCGCAUUAGCCUCACGAUGAAGGAAGAGGUCGAUGUGACUCUCUUCAACGAGACCAGCCCCCAGGACGAGGAUCUCCGCGCGCUCAACCCCUUCGAGGCGGCUUUCCGCCGCGCCAACCUCGUCACUGAGGCCCCCCGCCGCUCCGCCGCUGCUGCUGCUGAGGCCGAGGAGGAGCUCCUGGUGGUAGAGAAGAAGGAGACAGUGGAGGCAGUGGAGGAAGUGGAGGCAGUGGCGGCAGUGACGGCAGAGGCGGCAGUGGAAGCAGCAGAAGAGGAGGAGGCGGAGAAGGCAGAGGAGAAGGUAGAGGAUGAAGCAGCUCCAGCACCUGCUGAGGCCGAGCCUGUUGCUGCCGAAGCUGCUGUUGCCGAGCCUGCUGCUGCCGAGCCUGUUGUUGCCGAAGCUGCUGUUUCAGCUGAGGUUGUCGCUGAGGCUGCCCCUGCUCCUGAGGCUGCUCCUGCUCCUGAGGCUGCUCCUGCUCCUGCCGCCACCCCUGCAGCAGGCAUCUCUGCCGCAGUGGUUAAGCAGCUGAGGGAGGAGACCGGUGCGGGCAUGAUGGCAUGCAAGAAGGCCCUUACCGACGCCAACGGCGACCUCGACACUGCCCGCGAGAUCCUCCGCAAGAAGGGGCUGGCCAGCGCCGACAAGAAGGCGUCGCGCAUCGCAUCCGAGGGGCUCGUGAGCAGCUACGUGCACUCGGACCGCAUCGGCGUGCUCAUUGAAGUCAACUGCGAGACGGACUUUGUCGCCCGGGGGAGCGCUUUCCAGGAGCUGGUGGAGGAUUUGGGUAUGCAGGUGGCGGCGUGUCCCCAGGUGGAGGUGGUGUCUGUGGAGGAUGUGCCGGCCGAGCAGGUGGCCAAGGAGAGGGAGGUGGAGCUGGGGAAGGAGGAUCUGGCGAGCAAGCCCGAGGCGGUGCGGGGGAAGAUUGUGGAUGGGCGGAUGGCCAAGCGCCUGAAUGAGCUGGCCCUGCUAGAGCAGCCGUAUAUUAAGAAUGACAAGGUGCUGGUGAAGGAUGUUGUCAAGCAGGCCAUUGCUUCUCUGGGGGAGAACAUCCGCAUUCGCCGCUUCAUUAGGUUUAACCUCGGGGAGGGGAUCGAGAAGAAAUCCGCUGAUUUUGCUGCGGAGGUCGCGGCAGCAAGCCAGGUUCAGGCGCCCGCCGCCCCUGCUGUCGCUGCUGCUCCGGCCGAAGCUGCUCCCGAGCCUGCAGCCGAUAAGCCCAAGGUCGCGGUGUCGAUGGCGGCUGUGAAGCAGCUCAGGGACGCGACCGGCGCUGGCAUGAUGGACUGCAAGAAAGCCCUGGAGUCCACCGGGGGAGACGUUGACUCGGCCCGGGAGCUGCUCCGCAAGAAGGGCCUGGCCAGCGCGGACAAGAAGGCGUCGCGCAUCGCAGCAGAAGGCAUUGUGGGGAGCUACAUCCACGACGGGCGCAUCGGCGCGCUGAUCGAGAUCAACUGCGAGACAGACUUCGUCGCCCGCGGGGAGAAGUUCCGGGAGCUGGUGGACGACCUGGCGAUGCAGGUCGUGGCGUGCCCGGGGGUGCAGGUUGUGAGUGAGGAGGAUGUUGACCCCGCCUGGCUUGCUAAGGAGCGGGAGAUCGAAAUGGGGAAGGAGGAUCUGGCUUCCAAGCCCGAGGCGGUGAGGGGGAAGGUUGUGGACGGGCGGCUGGCGAAGCGCGUCUCGGAGCUGGCGCUGCUCGAACAGCCAUUUAUCAAGAACGACAAGGUGACUGUGAAGGAGGUGGUGAAGGAGGUUGUGGCGGCGCUGGGGGAGAAUAUCCGUGUGAGACGGUUCGAGAGGUUCACUCUGGGAGAGGGGAUUGAGAAGAAGGUGUCAGAUUUCGCUGCGGAGGUGGCCGCUGCUGCGGGGCAAGCGUAAGCGAUUGCUGGCGCUGCGUUCCUAAAGAGGGCACCUGAGGGCAUCUAGUGUUGCACUGCCUUCCUUCCUAUCGUGCCGUGCCGUACCUUCCUGUAGUCUUGAACCUGUAGCAUGAGGGGUUUUGCAACAAAACAAGCGCUAUCUGUCCUGUCCCUCCCUUGCUCUUCCAACUUGGUUCUCUGCUGCUUGCGUGUCUUGCACUUGUUCGUUAUUACUCUGACAAAAGCAGUUUCACUAGUAUAGUGCAGACUUGUGUUCAUCAAACAGAUAUACGCUGCCCAUGAAUGAACCACCGUGUAGUUG